AUGAUGGGACUCGUGGACUGCAUGUUUCUGCUUCUGUCCACCACACAGUUCAUUCUAGGAAUGCUGGGGAACAACUUUAUUGUGUGGGUCCAUGGCAGUAGUUGGCUCAAGAGCAAGAGAAUCUCUUUGUCUGACUUCAUCAUCAUUAUACUGGCUCUCUCCAGGAUUAUUUUGCUGUCUAUUCUAUUGUUUGAUAGCAUUUUAACGAUGUUCUUUUAUAAAGUGCACCAAGAAGGCAGAGUAAUGCAAAUUAUUGAUAUUUUGUGGACAUUUACAAAUCAUAUGAGCAUUUGGCUUGUCACCUGUCUCAAUACCUUCUACUGCCUGAAAAUUGCCAGUUUCUCUCAUCCCACAUUCCUGUGGCUCAAGUGGAGAGUCUCCAGGUUGGUUGCAUGGAUGUUGCUGGGUGCUCUGCUCCUGUCAUGUGCAAGUGCCACGUCUCUGAUCCAUGAAUUUAAGAUCUAUUCUGCUUUGAUUGGAAGUGAUGUCCCAAGGAAUAUGACUGAGCACGUCAGGAAAAAAAGUGAAUAUGAUAUGCUCCACGUUCUUGGAACAUUGUGGAACUUUCCUCCCCUAAUUGUGUCUCUGGCCUCCUCCUUUCUGCUCAUCCUCUCCCUGGGGAGGCACACACGGCAGAUGCAGCAAAAUGGCACCAGCUCCAGUGACCCAAGCACUGAAGCCCACAAGAGGGCCAUCAAAAUCAUCCUCUCCUUCCUCUUUCUUUUCCUACUGUAUUUUAUUGCCUUUUUAAUUGCAUAUUCUAGUCGUUUCCUACCAGGAACUAAAGUGAUUGUGUUGACUGGAGAAACAAUGACAAUGUUUUAUCCCACUGGCCACACAUUUAUUCUCAUUCUGGGAAAUAAUAAACUGAAGCAGACGUUUGUGAAUAUGAUGUGGCCUAAGGCUCGUAAUGGAUCAUAG